AUGCAGACCUUGCAGACAGCCUGGGGGACUGAGUCUGAGGGUUACUACUUCAAGGAGGAACAAGGUGUCUCCUGCAUGGAAGUGGCUGAGCAGGCAGAAUCCAUUGACAACCCGCUGCACGAAGCUGCCAAAAGAGGCAACCUGAGCUGGUUGAGAGAGUGCUUGGACAACCGUGUUGGUGUUAAUGGCUUAGACAAAGCUGGGAGCACUGCCUUAUACUGGGCCUGCCACGGCGGUCACAAAGAUAUAGUGGAAAUGCUAUUUACUCAGCCAAAUAUUGAACUGAACCAACAGAACAAGUUGGGGGACACUGCUUUGCAUGCUGCUGCCUGGAAGGGAUAUGCAGACAUUGUCCAGUUGCUUCUGGUGAAAGGUGCCAGGACAGACUUAAGGAACAACGAGAAGAAGCUGGCCCUGGAUAUGGCGACGAACGCUGCCUGUGCCUCCCUCCUUAAGAAGAAACAAGGAACAGAUGCAGUUCGGACAUUAAGCAAUGCUGAGGACUAUCUUGAUGACGAAGACUCCGAUUAA